AUGACAAAACCAACCCUAAAUUUGCUUCCCCUAAUCCUCUCCUUCUUGUACAUUUCCGGCGGCACCGUGGUAGCUGAACCCACCGUCCAAGAAAAUUUCGUCUCCGAAAUAUGCUUUUUCACCCACUAUCCGGAGGUGUGUGUCGGAUCUCUCUUGCCCCACGCCAAUGCCAUCAACGAGAGCUUUCACGAGGUGGCCCGAGCCGCCCUGGCGGUGAGCCUUGUAACGGCUGAGUCCGCAAAGGCAAACAUGCUGAAACUGGCCAACCUCAAGGGGCUCAAACCCAUGGAGUAUGGGGCCUUGAAGGACUGCAUUGACCAGGUCGACGAUGGCGUGGACCGGCUUAGCCAAUCCGUCCGGGAGAUGGAGCAUUUGGGCCCGGCCCAUGGCGGUCUGGCCAAUGGCGAUGGCCCACCCCAUGGUGAGGAGUCCACGUGGCACGGGAGCAACGUGGAGACCUGGACCAAUGCCGCCCUAAGUCAAGUGCAGAGGUGCGCGGGAGGGUUCUCAGGCCGGACCUUGAACGGGAAAAUCAAGACCUUGGUUCAGGUUGAGGUCAGGAAUGUCGAGCAAAUUCUUUACAAUGGGCUGGACUUGUUUAGAAUAUUUACAAACAAGCUUUCAAUCGCCUCCGACGAUGUUUGA